AUGUUUAUUGCAGAGGUCCUGGGAAUCGAACGCAACGCGACCAAGGAAGAGAUCCGUAAGGCUUACCGAAAGGCAGCUCUAGCAAACCAUCCGGAUAAGGUGCCAGAGGCGGAGCGAGAAGCUGCGGAGGCCAGAUUUAAAACCGUGCAACAAGCCUAUGACAUCCUAUACGAUGAGGAGAAACGGCAGGUGUACGACACACAUGGCAUGGCCGCGUUUGACGGGUCGGGCAACCCUGGCAUGGGCGGCGCUCCUGAUCUAGAUGACAUAUUGUCGCAGAUGUUUGGGAUGGGCGGCCCUGGCGGUAUGCCAGGCUACGGCUAUGGACCUCGCUCCAACAAGCCCAGGAAGAGUCCCAACGAAGAGCAGAAGUAUGAAGUCAGUCUUGAGGAUCUCUACAAGGGGCGGACGGUCAAGUUUGCCAGCACGAAGAACGUGAUCUGCAGUCUGUGCAAGGGCAAAGGUGGCAAGGAGAAAGCUACGGCUAAGGAAUGCUCCGCCUGUGGGGGACAUGGAUACAAGGAGGUCUUGACUCGGGUUGGACCACUUUUGACUCAGUCAACAGUCGCCUGCACCGUUUGUCAAGGGCAGGGUAGCUUUUUCAGUCCGAAGGACAAGUGCAAGAAGUGCAAGGGAGCGAAGGUGACGGAAGAGAAGAAGAUGCUGGAGAUCUAUAUUCCCCGGGGAGCCCAGGAAGGGGAUAAGAUCACGUUGGAAGGCGAAGCUGAUCAAGUGCCGGGCCAGGAGCCAGGCGAUAUCAUCUUUCAUAUCGUCGAGGCUCCGCAUCCCGUUUUCCGCCGGGCUGGCGCUGAUCUCACCGCGUCUAUAGAGAUCACUUUGGCCGAGGCUCUCGCAGGCUUCUCCCGGGUGGUCCUGAAGCAUCUCGACGGCCGGGGGAUCGAGCUUACCCAUCCGAAAAAGAAAGGAGACGUCCUCCGUCCAGGCCAGGUGCUCAAGGUCCCCGGAGAAGGGAUGCCCCUCAAACGGAGCGACGCGCGGGGCGAUCUGUACCUGGCGGUCGAUGUGAAAUUCCCUGACGACAAGUGGACACCUAGUCCGGCUGUGCUGGAGAAGCUGAAGGAGAUCCUCCCGAAACCGGGUCCUCCGAUCGAGGCAGAUACGGUUGACGAAGUGGACUACGACCCCAACGCGGAUAUCGAAGAUUUUGGAGCUGGCGAUCCUCGGGGCGGCUCUGGAUGGGUAGACGAGGACGAAGAAGACGGGGAACAUGCGCAGUGCGCAGCCCAGUGA